AUGGGAGAAUUUGAAAGCGGUAAGGUAUACACUCACAUUAUCUCAUUGAUUUUAUCGUUAUUUUUAGUAUACUUUUCUUUCUUCUUCAUAUUUCAUGACAAAAAUUUUAACGAUGGAUAACGAAUAUGAAUAUAAUAGUAAUAAUUAAUGUAAUGUUAAAAUUAAUUAACACUAAAACUGUUUUAUUAUUAUAUUCAUGUUAUUAUAUUCAUAUAUUUUAUUAUUAUAUUCAUUAUACAAAUUUGUUAUUAUUAUUAUUAUAUUCAUUAUACAAAUAAACAAGAAAUAAUAGAAUAAAAUUCUAAAAAUUCACAACAGUUUACUAUCUUGUUUUAUGUGAACGAGAUAUAAUGUUUUUUUUCUGACAUAAUGUUUAUUUUUAUAGUUUUGAAAUUGUUUUAUAAAUUCUAUUAUAUAACAGUUUGUUUAUAUUUUAAUGAAUACAUGUUACACAUCUUUGUCAAUUUUUUUAGUUAGUAUUUCAAAUAUCUGGAAUCUUAGUUAUAGAUUCGAUGAUAGUGCAAAGAAUUCAGUGACGUCUCGAAAUGUACUCUGAGUCAUAAUCUGCGAUCUACAUUUUUCGAUGAAAUGAUAAGCAUACACGUAGAUCAUACACGUAAAUUAUAACACGCAAAUAUACAAUAGAAAAAUAUAUAUACACAUGUGUAUGCACACGUAUAAAAUAUAUAGUUUCAUAUUUAUAUGUAAAAAUAUAUUUGUAUUGUAAUACAAAGAAAGGUGUGAGCAUUAAUGUUAAUUAAUUGUUGGUUAAUGAUGAUUAAUCGUUGAUCGUUGAUAGAUUACUAAUCGUUGGUUAUUAAAAAUAUAGAUGAACGUGGUUUGUUAGUUACGACGAUCAACCGAAAGUGAAAUUCAAACGAAAUCCAAUUUUUCUUCAUUAUUAUCAUUUAUUAAAAAUAAUAAGAUCAUAGAUUUGAUAUAAAGAUCAAUACAGAUUUUAUAAAUCGAACUUUUUGAAACAAUUUAAAAGAAUUUGAAAGUUAAGCACUUUUUACAUUACACAAUAAGAAGAGAUCUCGAAAUGGCAUUAUUAGAAUUAAUCUUCUGAAUAUUCGUUAAAAUAAUUUUAUAGGAAUCGGGAUAAAUGAUAGUGAGAAUAUAUCAUAUCUAUCGUCUGGGACGGAUGUGGUUAAAUAUUCCAAUUAAAGGCUAGCCUUCAAUUUAUCGACAUUUAAAAAUUCAUAAAAUGAAAGAUUAUAUAACAAGUCGAUUGAAAUAACGAGACAAAAAUUGUUUCAUAGAUGAAAAUUUGGAAGAAUUGAUUGAUCCUUGCAAAUGUUCUGGCACAUUGGGCCUGAUGCAUGCUCGUUGCUUGGAAAAAUGGUUGUCCAUGUCGAACACUGAUCGUUGCGAGAUUUGCAAACAAUUAUUUGCAAUACAGAAGAAGAACAAACCGUUGUUAAAGUCUUUCAGACAAUGGUGGAGAACUAGAAACAAAUACGGACCACAAGGUAUAAUUGGCGAUAUAACGUGUCUGGUAAUGUUAACUCCACUUUGCAUUGCGGCGACGUACUUAUGCGCAAUUGGUGCAUCUACUUAUACAAAACUUGGUUUCUGGGAAGGAAUAGGCUUGGCUGCUCUUUGUUGUAUGUUGAUGACUACUUAUUGCUUAUGGUUUAUCAUCACUGUCAGAUUCCAUCUCAAGUCUUGGCAACAGUGGCGCAGGAAAAAUCAAGAUAUCAAGCUAAUGAUAAAGCAUAAAUCCGAAACCUGCACUAUCGAAUUCUCAAAUCCUUUGGAAAAUGAAUUUACAAUUUGA